UUAGUACAGAUGGGGUUUCACCAUGUUGGCCAGGCUGACGAACUCCUCCUGACCUCUGGUGAUCCACCCGCCUUGGCCUCCCAAAGCGCUGGGAUUACAGGUGUAAACCACAGCACCCCGCCUCGAAUUGCACGUUAAAUUGGAUAGCUGGGCGGGCGUGGUGGCUCGCGCCUGUAUUCCCAGCUACUCGGGGAGGCUGAGGGUGGAAGGAUAGCUUGACCCCAGGAAGUCGAGGCUGCAGUUAGUCUUAAUUGCGCCACUGCACUCCAGCCUGGGUUAAAGAGCAAGACCCUGUCUCUAAUAUGUAAGAAAUGAAAAAAUAAAUAAAUUCGACUGCCAAAAUUCUUGCUGUUCCCAGCAUAUUCCAGUUUCACCUUUCAGUGCCUUUGCUUAUGCUGAUCUGACUGUAACCGCAUUCCCACCUUUCUCCGUCUGGGUAAAGGGCAUCUUCCUUCCAAACUCAACUCUUAGCAUCAGAAAGCUCUCCCUGAUACUGCAAUUGAGUCACAUGUGAUACUGGGAAAAAGAAAAAAAAAAAACAGCUCUCCCUGAAUCCCUAGGUGGACUAUGUUAGGUAAACUUCAUGUUUGCCUGCAACAUAUGAUGUAUUGGUUCUUCUCUGCCCCUCGACUGUAAACUCCUCAGGGGCAGAGGUAACAGCUUUGCAGCCCCGGGAGUUAGGUUUGCUUAAGGGACUAGAACAGGUGUGACUGGCAGGGAGCAGAGUCUGGAGCGUUGUCUGAAGCGCUGAUAGGUAGAUCGGCGGAAGGACGCGUAACCUGGAAAAGUCGGAAAUAAAGCCGGGAGAGCAGCUCUGUGCGGGACGUGACUUUAUGAGUGGAUGCUGAGAAAAGCGGGAGACUGUGACUUUAACCUCCUGGCCACAACACGUCCUGCUAGGGCAAGGAGGGAGACAGUGAUAAAGCACUGGGCAAGUGCUGAAGCGACAAUUACUUCCAGGGCAGGGUAAAAGCUCCAGAGGAUUUUUGCGGGAAGGAGAUAUUUAUUUGAGCAGGUAUUUGGAAGACUAGCCACCGAAGGGUACCUCCGGCUUUCCGUUUCUGGUUCCGCGCGUGUGGAGGCUGCUCGAUACCCGCGCCUGCGCGUGCCUGUCUCGGCUCUUAGGCCCGCCCUUUCCUGCCAGACCUGGAGGGGCGGGGCGGUGCCGGCAAGAUGGCUGCGCCCGAGAAAAUGACGUUUCCAGAGAAACCAAGCCACAAAAAGUACAGGGCCGCCCUGAAGAAAGAGAAACGAAAGAAACGUCGGCAGGAACUUGCUCGACUGAGAGACUCAGGACUCUCACAGAAGGAGGAAGAGGAGGACACUUUUAUUGAAGAACAACAACUAGAAGAAGAGAAGCUAUUGGAAAGAGAGAGGCAAAGAUUACAUGAGGAGUGGUUGCUAAGAGAGCAGAAGGCACAAGAAGAAUUCAGAAUAAAGAAGGAAAAGGAAGAGGCGGCCAAAAAACGGCAAGAAGAACAAGAGAGAAAGUUAAAGGAACAAUGGGAAGAACAGCAGAGGAAAGAGAGAGAAGAGGAGGAGCAGAAGCGACAGGAGAAGAAAGAAAAAGAGGAAGCUUUGCAGAAGAUGCUGGAUCAGGCUGAAAAUGAGUUGGAAAAUGGUACCACAUGGCAAAACCCAGAACCACCCGUGGAUUUCAGAGUAAUGGAGAAGGAUCGAGCUAACUGUCCCUUCUACAGUAAAACAGGAGCUUGCAGAUUUGGAGACAGAUGUUCACGUAAACAUAAUUUCCCAACAUCCAGUCCUACCCUUCUUAUUAAGAGCAUGUUUACAACAUUUGGAAUGGAGCAGUGCAGAAGGGAUGACUAUGACCCUGAUGCAAGCCUGGAGUACAGCGAGGAAGAAACCUACCAGCAGUUCCUAGAUUUCUAUGAGGAUGUGUUGCCCGAGUUCAAGAACGUGGGGAAAGUGAUUCAGUUCAAGGUCAGCUGCAAUUUGGAACCUCACCUGAGGGGCAAUGUAUACGUUCAGUACCAGUCGGAAGAAGAAUGCCAAGCAGCCCUUUCUCUGUUUAACGGGCGAUGGUAUGCGGGACGACAGCUGCAGUGUGAAUUCUGCCCAGUGACCCGGUGGAAAAUGGCGAUUUGUGGGUUAUUUGAAAUACAACAAUGUCCAAGAGGAAAGCACUGCAACUUUCUUCAUGUGUUCAGAAAUCCCAACAAUGAAUUCUGGGAAGCUAAUAGAGACAUCUACUUGUCUCCAGAUCGGACUGGCUCCUCCUUUGGGAAGAACUCCGAAAGGAGGGAGAGGAUGGGUCACCACGACGACUACUACAGCAGGCUGCGGGGAAGGAGAAACCCUAGUCCAGACCACUCCUACAAAAGAAAUGGGGAAUCCGAGAGGAAAAGGAGUAGUCACAGGGGGAAGAAAUCUCACAAACGCACAUCAAAGAGUCGGGAGAGGCACAAUUCACGAAGCAGAGGAAGAAAUAGGGACCACAGCAGGGACCGCAGCCGCGGCCGGGGCAGCCGGAGCCGGAGCCGCAGGAGCCGCCGCAGCCGGAGCCAAAGUUCCUCUAGGUCCCGAAGUCGUGGCAGGAGGAGGUCGGGUAAUAAAGACAGAACUGUUCAGAGUCCCAAAUCUAAAUAAACUAGUUUUGUUCUUAAA